CGUACGUACGUCACGUAGAUCAUAGAUGUGUAUCAAGCUGUUACUAGUAGAUUCUAUUAGAUGUCGAAAUGUCCAAUUAAGCUAAUUUUACCUGUCAUAGUCUACCACAGUGACUGUGCAUUUGUCUGGAUGGAAAUCCAUCAACCAGUCUUGCUCCCACCUAGCAGCUGCAUCGAAAUCUAACUGGAGUGCAUCACAGUCACUUUGAGAUUUGAUGGUUAUGUAGAUAAUACUGUCGUCGGCAAACAGUCUGAGCUUACUGGAUUUUUUCAAAAUGGCCGUUGCUGAGAAAUUUGCAGAUCAACUUGACACUUGGAGGUAUCCCGUGUUUACUGUUGGUCCAGAUGAAGAAGCUCUCAAGCAAAGAAUUUUACAGAAUACAUACCUUGAAAACAUAAAUAUAACUGCUUAUGAUUGGGAUGAACAUUGCUCUGCGGUUGAUUCCGUUCUUGAGAAAAUAUUGCUUAUAUUGAAAAAAUAUGCGAAUAAGGAAUAUGAAGGAUUGAUUAUCCAUGGUAGCCUAAAGCAAGGAAGUUCUAGAGAAGGACUGAAAGUCAAUGAUGCUCUAGAGUUUGACUGUUUAGUUCAUUUUGAAAUAGAAGGCAUGCAGGUGACAAAAUGUCCGGUCUUUGAUUAUUCUGAAGAAGAAAUGCCUGAGUUCAUUAAAUUACGCGUCGAAAACCCAGAAUAUUUGUUAAGAAUCUAUCCGUGGUUGCGCCGCUGUAAGAUUUUUACCAAAGGAGGAUUAAAUGAUACAAAUUGCUAUGUAAAUACAAAAAAAUUACAAGAAAAAGUGUUCAAGGCAUUGGUAGACAAAACUCGUGAACAUAUCUUUAAGCGAUUGACGCCUGAAGAUAGAAUAAUUUAUACAUAUCGACGGUCUGUUAAACCACCAUCGUUCCCGAUACAAAUUAGUUUAGACCGGGAAAUAUCAUAUGCUGGCGAUGUGUACACAAGAGUAACACUUCAAGGUGCCACACUACCGGGACAAAGGAAGAUACCAACGUUGGACAUUGAUAUUGUUCCUGCAUUGUUAUUGCGUAAGGACUACGUCCCCAAUCCGUAUACAGUGAACAAUAGAAAUUGCGAGAAGGAAAUGACGUGCGCAGUUUAUGGAGUAAUGAAAUGGACACAAAGACUGCACGAAUCUGAACUAACCAUUGAUCGUGAGUAUAUCUGGAGGGAAUCUACAUGUGGAUAUGAAAAACUUAUCUGUGACGUUGGACGGAGAAAUCCUAGUCAACGUUACUUGAUGACAGCAUGUCGUAUCGUCAAAUCUUAUGUCACGGGAAUAAAAUCGAAUCGUCGAGAAACAGAUCAAUUACAUUGUGUUGCUGUUUCGUACUUCUUGAAAAAUAUAUGUUUUCAUUGUAUUGUUCUACUGACUGUUCCAAGCAAGACCAAAUCACUUUCAGGAGUAAAAGAGGCGCUUGGAUAUUUUCUGCAAUUUCUUGAAUUAUGCAUAAACAGUCGCAAUCUUCCCCAUUUUUUCUAUGGUAAUCCAUGGGUUCAUGUUAUGUUCCCUAAUUGCACAUUUGGAAGUAAUAAGCCGGAAAAGAACCUAUACGGAAGAAUAUGUAAGAAUACAUUUAUUAAUGCCGAAAAAGCUUUUCGAAAGAUGCUGCAAGAUUUAAAAGGAUUGUAUACAGAACUUGACUCAUUGGAUCCUGACCGUGUAGGACCAUUCAAAGAAUUACUUGGUCUUACGCAUGAGUAUCGAGUGCCAGAGUAAACUAUCAGUAACUUUGAGGCUAUUUCAUCGUGUGCACUGUUUGUUUUGUGCGUUAUUGUUUAUGGAAUAUUAGUAGCUGUUCUAACACGUGACACAACGGAGUCCUUAUCUUAGUGCAUUAUUGUAAAAUUGGAACACAAUCCUUCACAAUAAACACUUUUUAUACGACCGCAAAAAUUGAAAUUUUUUUGGUCGUAUAUUGCUAUCACGUUGGCGUAUUCGACGUCGUCGUCGUCGUCGUCGUCCGAAUACUUUUAGUUUUCGCACUCUAACUUUAGUAAAAGUGAAUAGAAAUCUAUGAAAUUUUAACACAAGGUUUAUGACCACAACAGGAAGGUUGGGAUUGAUUUUGGGAGUUUUGAUCCAAACAUUUUAGGAAUAAGGGGCAAAAAAGGGCCCAAAUAAGCAUUUUCUUGGUUUUCGCACAAUAACUUUAGUUUAAGUGAAUAAAAAUCAAUGAAAUUUAGACACAAGGUUUAUGACCACAAAAGGAAUGUUGGUAUUGAUUUUGGGAGUUUUGGUUCCAACAGUUUAGGAAUAAGGGAAUAAAAUAAGCAUUUUUCUUGGUUUUCGCACCAUAACUUUAGUAUAAGUAAAGAGAAAUCUAUGAAAUUUAAACAAAAGGUUUAUGACCAUAAAAGGAAGGUUGGUAUUGACCCCAAAGGGUCCAAAAUUAAACUAUGUUUGAUUUCAUCAAAAAUUGAAUAAUUGGGGUUCUUUGAUAUGCCGAAUCUAACUGUGUAUGUAGAUUCUUAAUUUUUGGUCCCGUUUUCAAAUUGGUCUACAUUAAAGGUCCAAAGGGUCCAAAAUUAAACUUAGUUUGAUUGUGACAAAAAUUGAAUCCUUGGGGUUCUUUGAUAUACUGAAUCUAAAAAUGUACUUAGAUUUUUUAUUAUUGGCCCAAUUUUCAAGUUGGUCCAAAUCGGGGUCCAAAAUUAAAUUUUGUUUGAUAUAAUCAAAAAUUGAAUAAAUUGGGCUCUUUGAUAUGCCAAAUCUAACUGUGUAUGUAGAUUCUUAAUUUUUGGUCCUGUUUUCAGAUUGGUCUACAUUAAAGUCCAAAGGGUCCAAAAUUAAACUUAGUUUGAUUUUAACAAAAAUUGAAUUCUUGAGGUUCUUAUUUGAUAUGCUGAAUCCAAACAUGUACUUAGAUUUUUUAUUAUGGGCCCAGUUUUCUAGUUUGUCCAAAUCAGCAUCCAAAAUUAUUAUAUUAAGUAUUGUGCAAUAGCAAGAAAUUUUCAAUUGCACAGUACUCAGCAAUAACAAGAAAUAUUCAAUUGCACAGUAUUGUGCAAUAGCAAGAAAUUUUCAAUUGCAUGUAGUAUUUCGCAAAAGCAAGAAAUCUUCAAUUGCACAGUCAAUAGCAUGUAUUUUCAAUUGCACAGUAUUGCGCAAUAGCAAGAAAUUUCAAUUGGAGUUAUCUUUCUUUGUCCAGAAUAGUAGUUGAAUCAACUAAAAUCAUUGUUUUAUACAAUAUACAAUGUAUAUUCAAUUUUACUACCAACUGAUAAAUUAAAACAAUCUUUACCAUUCAGUGAUAACAAGCACUUUUUUACAUUUUAAUAUUUUAUGAUGUAUUUAAAUGAGUAAUUAUUGUUGCAAACUACAUUAAAAUUUGAAUUGAGAUUGGUUUUGGAAUAAAGGAAAGGGGGAUGUGAAAAAAAAAUUGGGGGGGGGGGUCAAUUUUUCUCAUUUGAAAUUAAAUAAAUAAAAAGAAAAUUUUCUUUCAUUUUUUUGAGAGGAUUAAUAUUCAACAGCAUAGUCAAUUGCUCAAAGGCAUAACAAAAAAUUUAAGUUCAUUAGACCACAUUCAUUCUGUGUCAGAAACCUAUGCUGUGUCAACUAUUUAAUCACAAUCCAAAUUUAGAGCUCAAUCCAGCUUGAAUGUUGUGUCCAUACUUGCCCCAGCCGUUCAGGGUUCAACCUCUGCGGUCGUAUAAAGCUGCGCCCUGCG